ACGCCAUUGCCAUAGUUUGAAAUCUACACCUAUACCUCAUGAAGAUGAUAGGAUGCUCUAUUUUGGAGCGAAAGAACUUUGGACAGAUUUAGAGGGAAGAGAAUCCUACCCCGUCAAGGAGUUGAAGGACUUCUUAGGCCGGCUUUCCGAUGACUCUGGCGAUGGUAUUACGUUUGACUUCAGUGGCAUUGAGCAAGUGACAGACCUGGCUCUGUAUGCUUUGUCCUCAUCUCUGGAGACCAAGGCUGCAUCAAAGGUGAAGAAGAUUGUCCUCACUGGCUGCCAGUAUGUGACAGACUAUGGAGUGUCACAACUUAGUUUGGCAUUUUCUAAUUUGGAAGAGGUGAUUCUUGAUGGGUGUGCUGCUGUGACUGAGAAGUCAGUCUUCCACCUCAAGAGGAGAUGUCCUCAUCUAACUCACUUGUCUGUGAUAUCUACCAGUGUUGGUGACAUCCCAUUACCCAUUGGUGACACCAAGAUCUAUUUGGAUGGCUGUCCUAUCUUCACCGGUAUUGACCUCCAAGAAGCCUCUCCACUUGUUGAGCAAAAGGUUGUCAUCCUGGUGCAGCCGACCUUGACCUUGUCUGUCCUUGACCUCCUGAAAGAUGGUGUUUUCAAGGAAACCACUGGUGACAGAUGCCUUCACUACUGUCCUAAAGUCACUGUUGGUGGCGCCACGGCUAAUGUGUUUGAGUUUCACACCGAUUCGACAUACGACUACUUGCCUUUCCUCAGUUCUGGUGCUACUUAUAUCAUCACAGUUGAGUUAACAACUGCUGAAGAAUGUGCCAAAGGUUUACUAGAAGCCUACCGUAAUAUCAAAACUAGGACUUGCCAUUCCUGUUUUGUGGUGUUGAUCUUGCACAAGGAGGAUGUCCGAGGGGCCAAGAGUGUACAGAAAACCAUGCUGAAUAGCCUCCAUGCAGCAGAGAACGCCUUUAAAAAGCAUGUAUCAGAACCUAUGCAUAGUAAUGGAGACUUCUACAGACAGCUACUACAAGCCAGGAAUCAAGAUAUCCUGUCUGCAGAGCAGCAAGAGCUAACCAAGCUGAGUUUCUUUGGGUUUGACAAAAAAACUAGCUGUAUUAGUAAGCUUGGAUCUCAUAGUAAUGCAGUAGGAGACGACAGUGGGACGUCGAAAUCUGGUGCUGUGGAAAGCAAAGAUGGACUCCAGAAUGAGCUACAGGCUUGUUUUGAGCACCUGAGUGAGACAUGUCCGUGGGAAUCGAAACAAGUCAGUGCAGAAGUGAAGCAGUUCUAUGACCAGCUCCCGCAGGAGAAGAUCUUGACAAUGGCAGGCCUUAUAUCAAAGUCAGGAGGCAAGACUGAUGAUGGUGGCCCCUUUCGUAAACUCCUGUCCAGGCUUGACAGAAUGGGCCGGUUGGUGUACUGUCCGAACGUCUACCACGAGACUGUGAUCCUGGACGUUCAGUGGUUAAUGGAUGUUCUGAUGAUCCCACACAACAUGGAGGAAUACCAGAACGGUGAUCACACAACAGCCCUACCUGCCAACGUGCCGCUGUUUGAAGAGGCAAAGUUCAAGACUUUGUACGCGUCUUGUUGCACUGAUGUGGAGUAUUCUGCAAUGAAGAACCUGUUAAAAGUUCUCCGUCUCAUCUUCAAUGUGCCCUGCUGGCCAAUAGGUGGCGGGCAGAAAGAGAACUUGAUUGCAUUUGCAGCGGACCUGCCGCCAUCACCCUCAAUACGCCAUGCUGCUCCUGAUCUCAAUAUCUGGGAGGAGUUCUGGCCAGAUAAAAAGCUUCCCACUGAUGCAGAAGUCAACUACAGAUACCAAGUGCAUACUGGUGUUCCCUCAAGCGCCAUCUCCUGGAUAUCAUCAAAACUUCUCCCGCGACAUGACGUGUUGUUUCUAUGGAAACAUGGUAUCAUAUUCAGGGAUGGUGCUGUAGAAGUACUCCUCAUUGAAGAAGAUGUGCCUGUGCCGUCCAUCAACCUUCAGGCUCGGUGUACCCGGUUUGAGAGUGGGAAAGGAAAGAUCGAUCUCAUCUUGGCUGAGUACCUUUGGAAUGUGAUGAAUGACAUCUGUCUGCUGGUGGAGUCUGUCCUUCACAGCUUCAUCCACUGCUCAUAUGCUGUUGUUGUUCCUUGUCGUGGCGAGUGUCCAAACAAUGGCGCCUUCCAUAUCAUCAACCCUGAUCACCUCAAGCCUGACCCAAACCAUAUUGUCACUUGUCAGAAAUGUGGUGGAGAAAUUGACAAAAGUGUGGUCAGUUUUGUGAAUGGCAGGAGUCGCUGUCUUCCCCUCCAUGAUUGGAGGAAUGAGAAGACGGGCUAUCGAUGCAGCACAUGUCGGGUGAAUGAGGGCCGGGCGAUGAAAAGAUGGAUCAUGGAGUGCCAGCUCCACCCAAACUUUGCCAGUCGGUGCUUCAAGAUGUUCUGUGAUGGGGAUAAAGUGGGUUCAAGCAUGUCAGGGAACAUACUGGCCUCGAGAGGCAGCAGGCCUUGUUACGUGAUCUCAGAGCACCCACUCUCUGAAGCAGACUUCAGUCAACUAGACCUCUGCAUUAUUGAUCCAGCUGGGAUUGAGUUUCUGUUGGUGCAGGAACCCAUCAAAUAUCUGACGAAAGAUGCAGAGGACAGAGUGAAGAUGACACACUGUGCCAUCUCCUUGGAAACGGGGCAGGUUUUGGGUGUGGAGGAGAUGGUGGAGAAGAGACCAUUCAAGAAAGGAGACCAGAUGAGGGUGAGCGUGUCGCGCCAAAAACAGGACACAGAUGACACUAGUAUGUUUGUGUGCGAUGUGUUCAAGAACGGGAUUCCAAUGCACCAGUUCACCCUGCCGGAGAAGUCCCAUGUUGUGAUCAGAUGUGAUGGAAAAGACGAAGCUGAGAAGACGAAGCUUAUUCUCUCCUCGCCACGUUGCCCAGUUGUGACUUCCGCUCAUUUCCAAGUGGGGACGUGUCUUCUUCACAAGGUUGACGGCAGCACCACGUGGUAUGGUGGCAUCAUAGAGAAGAUCAACGAUGGUUACUUGUAUGUUGUUAGAACGACUGCAGACGGCCUGGCGGCACAAUCGACACGAUUCCUACCAGAUUCUGAAGAGCUGGCCCCUCUGUGUCACUUCCCCGCAGAUGCUGAUGUAGUCUUGAGUCAAGGUCAAGUCACGUCUGAAGACAUGAUCUUUAGUUUUCUGAAACAGUACUUCGUAACACCAGCUCCAAUGGGCCUCUUCCCCGCCUUCACUAACAUGCCCAACUACAAACCACUUCAGCUCCAUAGUAUAAGAGCCAAGUCAUGUGUGACAAGUGUCUACAGCCCAUCCAUGCUCUACCAGAGUUUCAAGAUCUCGGGCAAACCUGCAGUGCUAAAGAGACAGCCGUUAGGUUUCGUUGUUCUGCCUGUGAACAUAAAGGAACAUCACCUUUACCACACAGGGAGACAGCUCACCCAGGACUGGGCAAACCAAGGGAUCGGGUUCAUGUGUAAGGGUGAGAUGUUAGCACACAGCACGAUGAGGAUAGGUCAUCUCCAGGAUGGCAAGGUGGCACCGCUCGUUUCUGACCAGUUACAACUGUUCUCGCUCGAUGAGAAGUCAAAGUUGUGGAAGUUUCUUAUCAACUCUGUCUACUUCCUCCUCCAGAGUUACGCACAGUUGACCACACAGCCGCCGAUUGUUUCCAGUUGGACACACUUACUGCCUGACAUCUCUCAAGACCUCAGCCAUGAUCACAUCUCGGAGGGUCUGUCCAAGCUCACCCGGUGGUACCAGCACACUCUUGUAUUAUUCUGUGCAUUGUCCAGCCCGCUUAAGAACUUCUAUCCUCCGUACUUCAAUGGAAUGGAGUUUGCAGAUAUCAUCAGAAAGGUGACUAUGGUCAUGAAAGAUGAGCUCAACCCCAACAACGUGUUUGGUUUCUGUGACACUCACCACUAUCUACUCAGGGCAUUCAGAGUCAACAAAGAUCCAGAAGACCCAGGCGCCAUGCCAAAACUUGCCGUGGAUUUGACUAAAUUAGGAUUGAAUUCUUCAUGCAUCAGGGAAUUAAAGAUUGAAGAAUUCCCCACUGAUUCAAUCCCGAGUGUAGUGUUAGAGUGCAUGCAGAAGUUCCCUAACUUGAUCCGGGUGCAGCUCUCCAAGUGUGGAUUGACGUCUGUUCAUGGCAUCGAGACGUGUGAAUCCCUCAAGACAUUUGAAGCAGACAGCAAUGAACUUGAACACCUUCAUCAUGGCUUUGAAAAACUGAAACAUACUCUGGAGCUUCUCCAAGCUGAAUCAGCUCUCCAUAUGUAA